AUUCCAUCAAAUCAGCCAGGCGAAAACGAAACGAUCGGUUCUACUUUAAAGGAGACUCUACUAUUCUGAAACUCAAAGCCUCUCUCUACUGAAACCAUGCAAGUAGUGCCGGGAUUUUCGAAUAUGUGAGGUACGGACUAAUAAAUGUUCGGCUCACACACUCCUAAAUCUUUGGGAUAUUGUAUGAAACUCGCGCUGAGCGAGUCACUUCAUGAUCUUGACCAGAAUAUUAGAUGUGCUGCAAGGUUGUCUAAAAUCAAUUAUGAGGAUUUAGUUGAUAUGGUUUUGGAGUUAAAUAAACUAUGUACCACUACAUUCGGAGAAAGGUGUUCUUCCGUCAAGUUCAGUCUGAAGAAGCAUCAAAGCGGAGUGUUCUGGCGGCUCACUACCAAAGUUUUUUGCAGUAUUUCGAGGAGAGAUGGCUCUAUUUAUAGAGUAUUUGAUCUCAAGGAAUUUAUGCUGUUGUAUGAUGAGGUCAUACGCUUCAAGUCGAUUAUAGAUUCUCAACCUAAAAUCACAAAUUGCUCAUCUGACAUAUCUGACGAUCCCUGCUGCAUUUGCUUGGACAGAGAACCUGACACGGUCCUUCCGUGUAUGCAUGUAUUUUGUCAAAUUUGCAUCAACAAAUGGGCUGGGCUUAGUUACAGACUGCCAUCGGCAAACGAUCAAAGUACUGGUACAAAUUCGAGAAUAAAUACUAACCUAUCUGUUCCAGGUCAAGAAUCAAAUAACUGCAGACCCAAAGAAGCUAAUCGUACUCAGUGCCCUAUUUGUCGAUCUGCAUAUACCAACACAUCUACAUCUUGGCAAAUAAUUGGCACUCUAUCACCAAAAGAUCAUACUCGUCAAAUUUCAGGUAUUGUUUUACGUAUGAUUUCACGAGCUGGUGAAGCAUCAGAUGCAUUUGCUGAAGUGGAUGAUGAUGAUGACGAUGAUGAUGGAAAUAGUGGUGAGGUGUCAAUUGUCUCGGCUAAUCCACAGAAUAACGUAACAGAGAAUCUUUGACAUGUUAAUUCCUCAUAUAUUAUAUCAAUGUGUACAGUUGUUUAUUUCAGAAUAUUUCAUAUUUUCAAAUAUAAUUAUCAUCAGCC